GCAGCCCAUGAAGGCAGCGUGGAUCCACGGCGCAUGCGCAGUGGCGGCCGGAGCGGGCAGAAGCGAGCGGCGGCCGGAAAGCAUCGCACACGGGCAGGCAGGCAGGCAGGCGCAGUGCACCGCGCGGGCUCCGACGACGACGACCGGAACGCAGUCGGGGAUGGCAGUGAAUGUGUACGCCACGUCCGUGUCCAUUGACAACCUCAGCCGGCACGACAUGCUGGCGUGGGUCAACGAUGCCUUGCACCUCACCUACACCAAGAUCGAACAGCUCUGCUCAGGGGCGUCGUACUGCCAGUUCAUGGACAUGUUGUUCCCGGGGUGCGUCCUCCUCAAGAAGGUCAAGUUUCAAGCAAAACUGGAGCACGAAUUUAUACACAACUUCAAAGUUCUUCAAGCGGCCUUCAAAAGGAUGAGCGUGGACAAGAUCAUUCCGGUAGAAAAGCUGGUCAAGGGAAAGUUCCAGGACAACUUUGAGUUUGUGCAGUGGUUCAAGAAGUUCUUCGACGCCAACUACGACGGGAAGGAGUACGACCCGAAUGUAGCCAGACAGGGGCAGGAAGUGUCCCCCGCUCCCAACCCAGGACCGCAGAGGACGUCUCCGACAGUGCCCAAAAACAUGCCGACGCCGCAGCGGGUCCAACACAACACCCCGGCUUUGAGGAAGAACUCCACCCUGUCUCGAAACGGCGGCAGCGACGCGGAGAUCACGGAGCUCAAUCAACAGUUGAUGGAGUUGAAGCUGACGGUGGACGGCCUGGAGAAGGAGAGAGACUUUUAUUUCAGUAAACUGCGAGACAUCGAGCUCAUCUGCCAGGAGCACGAGAGCGACGACAACCCGGUGCUCGGCAGGAUAAUCGACAUCCUUUACGCCACAGAGGAGGGCUUUGCGCCCCCAGAAGAUGAAGAGUUUGAGGAACAAGCCCACCUGGACCAGGAUGAAUACUGAAUGCCCCCCUGACUUCCCCGCUUUCCUUUGUCUUUGAUUGAUUUCGACUUUCUGUGCACGCUCUUACCUACUCAAUUCACCCGCCACCUUCUCCGCCCUCGCUAUAUCUUCAGUCCCUGUCCUCGCUGUCACAUUUUUUUAUAUAUAUAUUUUUUUGAAGCUAUCAUCUGACACACAGCUAUACGUCAUCACGGUUAGCUAAGAGCACCACGCAACCUAUCCGGUUUUCGCCAGCAUGAGCCAAGAAGACGAGACGAGCGGUCCGUAAAUCAUGACCACAUUUUGGAAUUUUGCACGAUACGGAGCUAUUUAUUUUGCCUUGGGUGCGCGGCGCGGCAGCACUUUUUAAACGCACCGCAACGACGACAACAACAACAACAACAAAACUCAAGUGACUUUUUACUAGCAGUUUCUUAUUUAUUUAACUUAUCGUUUUUUGAUCAACCUCCUGUAGCAGAAACCUACUGUACGAGAAAAGUGGAGGGCGAGCUUUUUGGUUUCCGCCCAAGCGGGUUUAUAGCAUGUAGAACGGGGACAAAAAUACUUUGAAGGAUGUGAUCGGAGUGCAUUGAUUGAUUGAUUAUUAUUGAGCAGCAACAUAUCUGAGCAUGAGAAUGUUAUACAUUGACUGUGAAUGACUGAUAUUUUGUACAAAUGUAUUUCAUGUGGAAAUAAUGUGGUCUGAUGUCACGCUGUUAAAUGCAACAUGACGUGUUUUUUUGUUUGUUUUGUUUUGUUUUGUUUUCUUCCAGCCGCUUACUAGGCUGGUCCUAUUUCAGUUAUUAAAAUCAUGGCCAAUCAGAUGAGGCAAAUAUUAUGACAGACGUGGACCGCCCAAUGACUGCACAAACGGUGACUUAAGAAGUUGGAGAACGAAGGUUCGUCAAUUCAAAGUCGGACUGGACAACUUUGUUUUGUCGCACAGUCACCGGGUGCUUUAAAAAAGGUACUUUGCCACUUUUACUGUUAGAAUCCUGUUGAACAACGCUGAACAAGUCUUCUUGUUGCCUCCUGUUUUUUGUUUUUGUUUUGUUUUGUUUAAUUUUGCAAAUCUCUUUAGAACUGACAUUCAUCCACGGCAUAAACAUCAUGGACUGAACGCUCAUCAUUUUGAGUUUACAAUAAAUAAACAGUUGUGAAAUUU